UUGUGCUCAAACUUCGAAGGCACUUGACAUGCUAUGGGGCAUUUCGCUGCACAAGGGCACUAGUGGCGGCUUCUUUUUGAGUUUCAACAGCUCCUUGGUUGCCUGACUUCUUCGGAAACCCUUUGAGCUAGUUGCAAAUGAAGGCAGCUUUGUACUACUAGGAAGUCUGCACUUCUUGUCCUCUUUCCAAGCUCCAACUCGUGAGUGGGGCGCCGCCUGCGGGAUUGCUUGUGUGUCAUCAUGGCAGACUACCACACGGUGUACAAGGAUGUAGAAGGGACAACGACAGAGUGGGAAGAUUUGCAAGUCAAGCAUGGAAACCUUGCUCCAAAAGAGAAGCCAAAAAAGGAAGCUUGGGUGCCGGCAGAUGAAGCUAGGAAAGGCACCACCGAGUGGCUGGAUGGGAAAACAGAGGAAGAGCUGGAAGAGGCAGAGGACGAGGUUGACGACGACAGAUUCAUGGAGGAUUACAGACAGAAACGUCUGGCAGAGCUGAGAAACAAACCAGCCGCCCCAAGAUAUGGGGCUGUGAAGCACAUAACUGGCGCCGACUACAUCCGAGAGGUUUCUCAAGCGGGCCAAGAUGUCUGGGUGUUAGUCCACCUUUACAAGGACCACCUGAGCAGUUGCCAACUCAUGGCUGACUGCUUGGAAGAUCUCGCAUCCAAAUAUCCUGGCACCAAGUUCGUCAAAAUCAUCUCGACAGACUGCAUACCCAACUACCCCGACAGCAACUUGCCAACUUUGUUAGUGUACUUGAACGGGGCCGUCAAGAAGAACAUCACUGGCCUGGCUCCAUUUGGGGGGAAGCACACAACUCCAGAAGGUGUGGCAUAUGCUCUAUUACAAGUAGGCCCCGUCCUACAAGAAGCCCAAGGUGGGACCACGCAAGAAGCAGUGGCCGAGCAAGUGCAGAGACGGUAUCUAGAAAAGCUCAUAGCGCAGCGAGAAAUGGAGCACAAGAAGGGCGACACUGAUUGACGGUGACAUGCCUAUCAAUCCGAAAACUUGACGGUCUGGGGACUGUCCUAACAGAGUGGGCAAUGUUUCGGGAGACUCCAUUACAGCAAAGGAACACGCUACGGUGUCGAGUUCGUCAGCUUACAACAAUAUUGAGAUUGGUCCGGUUUUCGCAAUUUGCAAACUAUGUGCUGGCUCUUGUCCUUAGGCAGACGAGAGCCAGCAGAAUAGCUUGGGCAUCCAAUGGUGGACCAUGCAAGAACGCAAAAGCAGGCAGAUUACCGCUCACGUGAUGAACGUGAUCACAUACGAACAGUGGCAAAAGGACAUGUUCAGUCAGCUAUUGACAUGAUCGAAUGAUCAACUCAAGGGAAUUCGAUCGUCAUGAUCAACUCAAGGGAAUUCGAUCGUCAGUCAUUUGCACGUACUUAGACGGUCUUAUAGAGGGGAACGCGUACAUAAUUGAC